UCGAAUAAAUUGAUUUAGGUAUUCACUCUUAUUUCUAUCAAAAUCCAUCCAAUGGUCUUGGAUGAGAGUACAGCGGAAGACAAAUUGGAUAACUUCAUUGGAGUAUCCGCUUUAAGACAGAGGCCGAGAGGGAAGGCCAAAGGGAGUGGCGUGGAAGUGUUGGCGGUAUUGUAAUUGUUGCACGUACGUAAGAGUCGUGGAUAGCAGAGGAGAAGUGAGACCGUGAGAAAGGGAGGUUGAGAAGAGAGAAGAGGCGAGCUCGAAAAAGAGGAAGAGUCGCCGGGAGAAACCAUUGCUGCUACUACGCCCUGCCGUCCCUGUCCGCUGGAACUGCUGCCGCUGAAGCUGCCGGAACCACUGCCGAUUCUGCUUCUGAACCUGUUCCAACGCCGUCACCUCUGCCUUCUCUCUUCCACCGCCCCUAUUUCACCGGAUUCGGGCUGCGUCGCUGGUUCUGUUUUGUCUUAUUGGAACUGCUGCCGUGAGUUGUAGUGGUAGUCGACGUCCAUGUUACUGCUGAAACUGCCCGAGCUGUUGCUGCUUCUGCUAACUGCCUUUAUCCCUAAAAUUCUGCGACUAUCAAAUUAAGCUCUGUGGAGGCCAGGCAGAAGAAAAGAAUGAAGAGUUGAGUGCUGAUGGGACUUCAAAGUCUGGGAAACGGCAUGUAAAACGAUCCACAUGGGGAGAAGUUGUUGCAGAACACAUCAAAAUUGACAUGCAUGAGCAUGAAGGGUAAUGCUUAUGAUUUGCUAGGGAAAAAUGGUGGGAAAACACAUGAAUGUGGUGCCAAAAUGUGGAUCAAUGGGAUUGCUAAAUGCAUUGGAAUUUUAAUUUAGUAGUUGUGCUCGUCCUCUCAUUCCCGCAAGCACAACCUGACUCACAGAAAUCACACUCACUCUCUCCAAUGGAGAUUCAUCUCGUGGACUCCAUUUGCCUUAGAUGGGCCUCUUCCGUCUCCUCCACAGCCCCUUUCAUGCAUUCAACGGAAUUCCUUAAACACAGCCGCAGCAACACCGCUCCAAACCCACCAUUCCCACUUCGUGUUGAAUUCAUGAAGCGAGGCUUGAAACCAUUGUCUCCUGGGAUCCAAAAGGAUUCCAACAAGGACCUAUCGCGGAUUCUGCGAACGGAAGCUGCCAUCAAAGGGGUGGAAAACAAAGGGAAGUCAUGGAAGCACAGGCAGCUAUGGCCCAAGGCUGUUCUUGAAGCCUUGGAUGAGGCCAUCAAAGGGUGUCGAUGGCAGGCUGCACUCAAGAUUUUUGCACUUCUUCGUAGGCAACAUUGGUAUGAACCUAGAUGCCAAACAUAUGCAAAAAUAUUGAUGAUGCUUGGCAAGUGCAGGAAACCUGAAGAGGCUGGUCAGCUCUUUGAGAUCAUGUUGUCGGAAGGGCUUAGACCUACUGUUGAUGUCUACACCGCUCUGGUAGGUGCUUACGGUCUAAGUGGUUCCCUUCAUCAGGCAUUUCGUACUGUUGAAGAUAUGAAAUCAGUUGUUGACUGUGAACCGGAUAUAUAUACUUAUUCUAUUCUUAUCAGCAGCUGCACAAAAUUUCAACGUUUUGAUUUAAUUGGUCAUGUUCUUUCGGAGAUGUCUUAUGUAGGCAUUGAAUGUAACAAUGUCACAUAUAAUACCAUAAUUGAUGGGUAUGGUAAGGCUGGCAUGUUUGAACACAUGGAAAACUCACUGGCGGAUAUGGUUGAAAGUGGCAAUUGCCAACCAGAUGUUUUCACACUGAACUCUAUUAUAGGAGCUUACGGAGAAGGUAGGAAAAUUGACAAGAUGGAGAAAUGGUAUGAUGAAUUUCAGCUAAUGGGCGUUAAAGCAGACUUAAAGACAUUCAAUAUGAUGAUAAAGUCCUAUGGGAAAGCAGGCAUGUAUGAGAAGAUGCAGUCUGUUAUGGAUUUUAUGAAACGGAGAUUUUUCUCUCCUACAAUUGUAACAUAUAAUACGGUUAUUGAUGUGUUUGGAAAAGCUGGAGAAAUUGAGAAGAUGGAUAAACACUUCAACAGGAUGAAGCAUCUAGGUGUGAAGCCUAACACUGUAACUUAUUGCUCUCUUGUCAAUGCAUAUAGCAAAGCUGGGCUUAUUGACAAAGUUGACUCAAUCAUGAGGCAUGUAGAAAAUUCCGACGUAGUAUUGGAUACUCCCUUCUUUAAUAGUGUUAUUAGUGCCUAUGGCCAAGCUGGCGACUUAGAAAAGAUGGGUGAAGUUUUCCGGGCAAUGAAGGAAAGAAAUUGUGAACCUGAUAGCAUCACUUUUGCUUGCUUAAUGCAGGCUUACAAUGCUCACGGCAUGACUGAGGCUGCCAAAAAGUUGGAAAACAUGAUGGUUACUGACAAACGUAGCUUUGGUCUUGAACAUGUAAUUGAAAUUGUACUGCAUGCCCCUUGAAGCAUUCGUAUUGAAAUUUUCGUGUCUGCUUCUGCUACAUAUUCUUUUCAUGUCAGUGCUUAUUUACCUUCUGAGGUGUAUCAAUAUUAGACUUUCCCCCUUAAUUUUCAGAGUUACAGCUAAAAAGGAAAGGAAAAAAUGCAAAAAACAAGAAACACUGAACAGGGUCAGCACGCCAUGGAGGCUUCCCUGUUCAAGAUCUCACAUAGCUCCAACGGCAGAUCCAGCCACUCCUCAGCCCCAGCAAGGUUGUAAGCACCCAUCUUGGCUAAAGCGUCUGCCACAGAAUUUGAUUCUCUUGGGAUAAUGCUGAACUGAACUUCCCAACUCAGCUGAAGCAAAUCUCUAAUUUGCACGAGCAGAUCAGCAUCCUCUGCCAAAGACGGCUCAUGAAGGUGGGACGUCACCAUGAAAAACGCAUCCAAGCACUCAGUCUCACACACUAGCUGACGGCAGCCACACUCCCUUGCAAGAGAAAGACCCCUCCAAAUCGCAAAGAGUUCGGUCCUGUGAACAGACCCAGCUGGGAUGCAACCGGCAGCUCCCUUCACCCACCUGCCGGUGGCAUCAUGACGAGCACAAUCAAAACCAAUGCCAGUCUUAUCCCAAGGCAUACUUCUGUCACAAUUAAUUUAUGUAUUUUAUUUCAAAUUCAUGCCAUUUAUAGACCUAGAAACCUAUAAAUGUUAGUUUGAAAACUAAUUUCAAACCAACCAGGGGAAAAAAACAUUUUCAAGGCUUACAGGCUUAGAAUUUGGAUUGUGGUGAAACGAAUGGUUGGUGGGGAAUGUGUGACCUGAAUUAUUAAAAGAAAAAUAAUUGAGGGAAAAAAUGGGAAUAGUGUAAGAAAAA